UUCCACGGCGGGGGUUGGUAAGGUCGGGCCAUGGUGGGGCGGAGGUUGCGAAGAUGGCGUGGCGAGGCUGGGCGCAGAAAGGUUGGGGCUGCGGCCAGGCUUGGACUCCGCUGGUGGGCGGCCGGAGCUACGAGGACCUCACUGCGGCCCUGGCCCCGCCGCGGCUGCUUGGACGCAGGUUUAACCUUUUUAUUCAGCAAAAAUGUGGAUUCAGAAAAGCACCCAGGAAAGUUGAACCUCGAAGAUCAGACACGGGAACAAGUGGUGAAGCAUACAAGAGAAGUUCUUUGAUUCCUCCUGUGGAAGAAACAGUCUUUUAUCCUUCUCCCGAUCCUAUAAGGACUCUUCUAAAGCCUUUAGUUUUUACUGUUGGGUUUACAGGCUGUGCAUUUGGAUCAGCUGCUAUUUGGCAAUAUGAAUCACUGAAAUCCAGGGUUCAGAGUUACUUUGAUGGUUUAAAAGCUGACUGGUUGGAUAGCAUAAGACCACAAAAGGAAGGAGACUUCAGAAAGGAGAUUAACAAGUGGUGGAAUAACCUAAGUGAUGGCCAGCGGACUGUGACAGGUAUCAUAGCUGCAAAUGUCAUCGUAUUCUGUUUAUGGAGAGUACCUUCUCUACAGCGGACUAUGAUCCGAUAUUUCACAUCCAAUCCAGCUUCCAAGGUCCUUUGCUCUCCAAUGCUGCUGUCCACGUUCAGCCAUUUCUCCUUGUUCCACAUGGCAGCAAACAUGUACGUUCUGUGGAGCUUCUCCUCCAGCAUAGUAAACAUUCUGGGUCAGGAGCAGUUCAUGGCAGUGUACCUGUCAGCAGGUGUCAUUUCCAAUUUUGUCAGCUAUGUGUGUAAAGUUGCCACCGGAAGAUAUGGGCCAUCACUUGGUGCAUCGGGUGCAAUCAUGACCGUCCUGGCAGCCGUCUGCACCAAGAUCCCAGAAGGGAGACUGGCCAUUAUCUUCCUUCCGAUGUUCACAUUCACAGCAGGGAAUGCCCUAAAAGCCAUUAUUGCCAUGGAUACAGCGGGAAUGAUCCUGGGAUGGAAGUUUUUUGACCAUGCAGCACACCUUGGGGGAGCUCUCUUUGGAAUAUGGUAUAUUACUUACGGUCAUGAACUCAUCUGGAAGAACAGGGAGCCUCUGGUGAAAAUUUGGCAUGAAAUGAGGACUAAUGGCCCCAAAAAAGGAGGUGGCUCUAAGUAAAACCAGGGUUGGAUAAAACUGUGCAUCUAGUCAGUGCUGCCUGGCCAACCCAGGACCACACACCGGCCUUGGGGUCCCCACGGUUCUGCUUCUGCCAUGAAGACCCCCAUCGUCUCAGGCUCCCAGAGUUCUACAGGAUGUCCCCAUACAGGUCCUUGUUAAACACGAAUUAUGACAGAGUUGGUGAAAUAAAAGUUUAUAUCUCUAGUUUGUAAUCAGA